CAAGAUUGCUAUAUAAAUUGCCACCAGCAAGGCUGAAACAUAACACAGCUCACCUUUCCUGCACAGCGCAGAUUGGGACUCUGCAAAAGAGGUCAAAUUCAGAUCCGGAGAACCCCUCUCGACCCAUCGCCAUGGAAGGAUACGUCUCUGCCGUCCGCAAGAUGGAGCAAACGGUUAUGUUUCCCAGCCUUCUCCUCGGAGUCUCCUUGGAAGACCAGGCUGAAACAUUCGAGACCAACUCGAGCAACGGAGACUCCAGCGAGAGAGACCUGUAUGAAGACUACACUCUGCUAAAAUCCAUCAAGGGGAGAGCAGAGGGUGGCUUAGCACCUCUUGACUUCCAGAAUCCCAGCCUCAAGGAAGAGGAGAGCAAAGAGAAGGUUGAUCUGGAAGAUCUCUUCCAUUACCACGUGUCUGGCUUGCACCGCGUCCUCACCCAGCUGACGAGGAGGGCCAACGCCGUAACUUCCAAAUACAAUGAGAUCAUGGGGCAGAUCAACCAGAAUGAAAUCUCUCUCCGCUGGUGAGACACACGCCAAGGACACGAAAGGUGAGUUAUUGGCUCAGCCCAGCCACCAUGACUAUGGGAGCCAUGGUCCAUAAGAUCUGGUGGGAACAGCUUGGUUUUCUACAACAAACAUUCUCCUUUCCCUCUAUGUUUGCAGUCUCCUGCUGCUGCACUGCCUGUUAACAGAGUCAAAGAGCUUUUAAAAAUAUGCUUGCAGACUCUUCCUACCUUCCUUCCUGGUUCAUUUGCACAGAAGAGAUUUCUUGGCCAGCUUGACUGUAACUGAUGGGAGUUGUAGUCCUGAACAUUUGGCAGCCACCAGGUUGGGAUAGGCCGGCCAAUGGAAUGGCAUUUUCUGAUUUGGCAGGCCCAGAAGUGAGGGUUGGGACCUCUGCAUAUUCUCAGAGGUACUCUUUCUUCUCUUUCUUCACUUAUCUUGCAUGGCUUAGCUUUGGAACACAGACUAUUUAUUCUAUGGAAAGCUUAGAAUAGGGCUCUCAGUGGGGUUCUAUCCAGACACUGUUAACAGUGUUAUAGCACUGAGGGCUCACAUAUCUUUCUUUAGGUUCCAGGUACCCAACACGACGCCUUUCCAAUGUUGCUGAACUAGAACUCCCAUCAUCCCUGACCAUUGGUCAUGUUGACCGGGAAUAUGGGAGUUGUAGUACCCCAAGAACAUCAGGAGAACCCCAUGUUGGCUAUCAGUAAAGUUCUGGAGCUGAGUCACAGAGACCCUUGGUUUAAAUUAAGACACAACCCACCUUGUUAACACCUUUUCCAUUUUCCAUUUUACAGGACAACCUGAAUUUCUGAAUCUGCACAUGUGUACAUCUUGGGUCCUCUGUCUGAGGCCAUACAAAGAAGGCUCUCAAUGGACAAUCUAGAGACCUUGACUGCAGCAUCUACCCCACAACGUUGUGUAGCAUGGACUUUACUUGAAUAAGCCAAGCACUGAUAUUUGUGAACGUAAUUGCUAUCUAUAUUAUAUUUGUGAACAAAAUGGCUAUCUGUAUGGUAUUUAUGGACAAAAUUGAUAUCUAUAAACUCCAUGGCAAACGUAUGCCUUGGGUUUCCAUUGCUUUCUGGUGUUUAAAUAUUGCUUUUAGUUCAGACUAAUAAAGCACUUUGCAUCGUUUGAAGCUGCCUAGACCAUUGUUUCAUCUAGUCCUGUAGUUGUCAACUACCCUGACAGGUAAUGGCUCUCAUCCGGAGACUUUGCCUGUUAUGCUUGCUAUCUGAAAUCAUUUUCAUUAGAGAUAAGCUCAUGCCACCUCAUGGCUCCUGAG